AUGUCUGCUCAACAAAUUAAUAACAGUGCUAGCAACCAUCCAUCAAAUCAUCGUAUAGUUGACAAUUUUUCAUCAUCUCGAUCCUAUGCACCAGAAUACCAUGUACAAAGUGUUUAUACAAAUCAACGUCGUUUAUGUGAACAUUUACGUGAAGAAGCAAGACGUGAACGUACGAAAGUAUCUAUUGUUUGUAAAGAUCUUGUUCGUUAUGUUACUGAUCAUCAAUCAAGUGAUGCACUCGUUGUUGGUUUUCAAUCACCUAAAGAUAAUCCAUUUCGUGAUAAACAACAAUGUUCAUUACUUUAA